AUGAUACCAACACGAAAUCCAAAAAAAAUAAUACGAACCUUUGUGUCAUAUCCUAUUGAUGAUAUUACAAGUGGUGAGUCUGCGUCGAUCCACAAAAUAGUUGCACAUAAAAAAUCUUCUGAUAAUCAAUAUACUUACGAUAUCAAGACUACAGACAGUAAAGCCGAUGACGAUUUAAGUUCAAUAUUUGACCGUUUUUUACAACGGAACGGUGGUGCAAGCAAAUCGAUUACUGAUCACAUUAACAACUUAAAUCAAGAAAGGUGUAACACGAAUUACAAUAAAAGCACAAAUAAAAUGAAUACAGCAAGGGCCGAUUUAUUCCUCCCACGUAAUGUCGAUUUUUAUCUUAUUGAUAAAAUUAAAGACAUCUCUUGUCUAAAUUAA